CAUUUUACGCAGCGCUCAGCGCAGGACCGUCCUCUCCUCCUCUCCUCCGGAGGUUUAAGGGUUUUUUUUUAGGGUUUUUUCAGGGGUUUUAGGGAGGAGAUGAACGUGGCCAUGGCCGAGGGCUGCUUCCUGUCCGCCCUGCAGCCCAACUCGUCCCGCACCGUCUACGGGCUCCCCGCGGACGGGCCGUGCGCCGACGCGGCGGCGCGAGAGCGCAGGGUCCGGGAGCAGGUCCGGAUGCGCCUGGCGGAGAGACGGUCCCCCUCCUCCCUGCCCAGGACCGACCAGCAGCACCUCUGGGGGAACACAGCAGAUUACAGCCCUCCAGAGGUUAAGAGCUACGGCCACACACAUGGUUUCAGUUCCAGGUCCAUGAUCAGCGCGCCCACUCGCGUCAUGGCGGUGUCUACAGUUCCCCCUCGCACUUCCGGGUUCUCCUCUCACUCCACUGUGGAAACCGGCUCCAAAUUGACCCAUAAAUCAAGCAUGGUCCAGAACAGCUACCAGACCUCACAGAGCAGAAGCAGACGCUCUAAGUCACUGUGCCAGGAAGACCCGCCGGCAUUAUCGAUCGUGGGUUCGAUGCAUCCUGAGAACCCCUCUGUCCCAGUCACCGCGCCCCCGUCCGGCAGUCUCCGGCGCAGCCUCAGUGGAACGUUGGCCCAGGACAGGGGCUACUGGCAGGAGGAGGAGCUGCCCUAUCAGUUCACCUACAGGGGCCCGUCCCACCGUACCAUCAGCCGGAUCACCAACAGGCAGCAGCAGCAGCAGCACUACCAGCAGCAGGGCUCCAGCCACGGCCAGGAGGGCUGGGUGGGGAACGGCCGGGGCUUCUCCGGCCACGGGGACAGCUGGGGAACGCAGUGGCAGCAGCAUGUGUCCAGGGCCAAUCAGGCCUCGGGGCAGUACACGCCUCUGCACCGGGCCGCCUCUCUCCGCUCUCUGAGGAGUGUCGGGAAAGGAGUGGACGUCAUGGACGUGGCAUCGAUACACAGCAAUGAUCCGCUGGGAGAAUUGAAGAGCCUGGACAUGCCUACAGCUGUCAGAUAUCUCUCUGAGUCCGACUCUGCCCUCAACAUUUUGGGAGCUGCCUACAUACAGCAUCAGUGUUACCAUAGCAACGAUGCUAAGAACCAGGUCCGCCUUCUGCACGGAGUUCCAGCUCUGGUGGGCCUCUUCUCCAGCGACAACGUGGAGGUGCAGCGUUACGCCACCGCCGCCACACGAAACCUCAUCUAUGAAAGCACCGACAACAAGACGGCCCUCAUAGACGCUGGUGGGUUGGUGCCGCUGGUAAACAUUCUCAACGAGCCUGACGAAGAGCUUCAAAAGACGAUAACAGGUGUCCUGUGGAAUCUGUCCUCCAGGGACAACCUGAAGGAGAGGCUGUCCAUCGAGGCUUUGCCUCUGCUCACGGAGAAGGUGCUCGUUCCUCUGUGCAAGAGCUUCCCGUUAAACCCAGCCGAGAGAGAGAUUUUCAACAAUGCCACCGGCUGUCUCAGAAACCUGAGCUCGGUGAACGAGAGAACGAGGCGAAAGAUGAGAGGCACGCAAGGCCUGGUGGACUCUCUGGUGUGCUACAUCCAGCAGGAAGAAGGGGGGGACGACAAGGGUUUGGAGAAUUCUCUGUGUGUGAUGAGGAACCUGUCGUACCAGCUGUACGCGGAGCUUCCUCCCUCGGUCCGCCUGCACCUGGAGGGCCCGUCCAGAGCCUCCUCCUCCAGAGACAACGAAGUCAUCGGCUGCUUCACUGUGCACAGCAAGAAGAGCACAGAGCAGCAGCGGUACCAGAACGUGCCCACCCUUUCCCAGCCCAAGGGUGCUGAGUGGCUGUGGCACCCGAAGGUGGUGUCUCUGUACAAGCUGGUGCUCCAGAGCAGCAGCAGCAGCUCCAUGAGCCGGGAGGCGGCGGUGGGAGCGCUGCAGAACAUCACCGCGGGAGAGGGCAGGUGGGCCUCGGUGCUGUGUGGCGUCGUGACGGAGAAGGAGAGGAUGCUGCCCAUCCUGCUGGACCUGUUUGACACCUGCACCGACAUGCAGAUGAAGCCUCUGAGCGGCCUGCUCAGGAACCUGGCCCACCACGCCACCGACAAGCAGCUCAUGGCUAAGACCACGGUGAGCAUCCUGGUGUCCAAGCUGCCCAGCGACGGCCUUCAGACCACCCCGUCCACCGAGGUGGUGGUCAACAUCUGCGGAGCCCUCAACCACCUGGUGACCUGCAGCUCGGCGGCGGCCCGCGACGUCGCCCACUACAACGGCCUGCCAAAGCUGGUGGGCAUCAAGAACUCCCACGAUACCAGCGCCGGGAGUCUGAAGGCCGCCAGAGCCGCGUCUACUGUCCUCUGCAACAUGUUCCAGUACAGCAAGCUGCACCGGGACUACAAACUGAGAGGAUUCACCCGAAAAGACUUUGCAGACCCGUCCUUCUAGGCCGCGGCGUCCCCACCCCCUCGCCGUCGGCCUUCAGUACACCAGAUGGAAAAGAAUGAUGCCGUGGAGCCGAUGACGCAGGCCGUGUUUGUGGUUAACUCGUGUGUAACACUUUGAUUUGUCUGUGGUUGAUUUUGACAUUAAUGUAGACUGAUGCUGAUGUGUAGACGGGUGCUGCCGAGCCGUGCCAAUGCUGACCUUCCUAGUCCUUCUGCUGCGUAAGAGUGCCUUCCUAACAGCCGGCCUGCUACUCACCGUUGUACAAACUCAGAGAGGACUCUGGCUGCUCCUCCCUUUCACCUGGAAUCUCCUUUUCUCCGCCCCUGAGGAAUUAUGUGAAACAUCAAGCGUUAACCGGAGCUGAAAGCUGAAUGUUGGGGGGGUUUAGCCCCCUGGUCCGCAGCGUCUCCACAAUGGAGCCAUUCACCCACAGAAGACACCAGCAUGGAAAUAACCGGAAUUACAGAAGUGCCUCGGAGAACUGAUGCGACUGGGAAUGUUUGAAAUCAGCUUAGAAGAAGCAAACUGUAGUUAGUGUAGACGCCUGUCGCCGUGGCGACGCUGCUCCAGCUUCAGCCCCAUUAACACUUCCUGUUGAGAAUAUGCACUAACUACCUUCAGAGACGUCUGUCAGCUGCAGGAUCCACCUUUAUGUCUUUGUAAUAGAUAAUAAAAACAUAGUUUUGUCACCAAA